AUGGAUUCCGGUUCGGACGAUUGUGAUGAUGGUCCAGGUACUUUUCAAAGAUCUCCAGUCCAACAAACUAUCAUCCGGCCUCACAGCCAAACUCGCAAUCUACCAGUUAUCAAUUCCGUAUCCGUAACAACCGAAGAACCCAAAAAACCACCAAAAGAAUCGCCGGUGAUUGAAUUACCACCGCUGGAUAUGGCCCCGGAUACUAUGAAGAAAACAAGCCAUGCAGAUGAUAAAACAAAAAUUGCUAUGCCGACUACAGCCUCAUCGGCGCAUCCACGGCCCGCCGAGCCAGCUGGCCAAAGGCAUGAAAACGGAACUGCCCCAAGAUCUAGACAGCACACCGUCACUGUAAUGUCCGUUGCUGGGCAGGAAGUGAAACAAACCUUUGCCGCUGCAAGAACGGCCGACAAUCCGAUAAGUCUCGAUGAACUUGAAAAACGAAUGUCUCAACUUGUCUCGAAAAUGGAAAAAGAUAACAUCGCGAAAUUGGAUAAGACCCGAAAAGACUGUGCCAAACAGAUUCAAGCCCAAAAAGAACAAGCGGAAGCGGAUCAGCAAUGCCUGAGCAUGAACCUUGAUGAGAUGAAAAAGAAAAUUGAGUUCUUUGGUGCAAGAGCUCCGCAGCUGUCCCAAAUGACGGCCUCAACUAUGAUGACGCCAGAAGAUACCCGGUUUCUAAAGCUGGAGAAAAAUCAACUGGAAAUGGAGUUGCGAACGGUGCAUGAUGCCUAUAAAAAUAUGUUCAACAUGUAUGAUAAAUUGAAGAAUUUGAACAAAGACCUCAAAGAGGAUAAUGCUCAACUUCGUGAAAUAGAAUCGACGCUGAAAGAGAAAAUUGCUACGGGGCAGGAAAAAUAUAUGAAGAUGGUUGAUCAAGCGACGGAAAGACUGAAUCAAGCAAAUGAAUGUAUUGCAUCUUUGGAGCGAAAAAGUGAGGAUGAUACAAUUACGCUUCGAGCAAAAUUGAAAAAGACCGAACUCCAGUUGAGCACCACUCUGCAGCAGCUAGAAAUUAAGAGAAAAGAAUGCAUGGAGCUGAAUGAAAUUUGCCAGGCUCUACUGGCGAAAGCGGAAAUCCAUUCGGACACGGAA